GUCCAGUUCAGUGAAGCAGUACUGCCUGUGACCGGUAACAUAAGUCGUACAGAGGGCUUAUCUCCACAACGUCCCCGUCUUGCAUGAGAGGAGGACUGCCCUGCUUUCUCCCCAAGCCCUCUAAUGCCAAAAGCGACCACGGAAGAAUUAGCCUGAACAAGAACAAGUGCAUCACCAUGGCAAAUGUCUGGCUCCACUUUAUGCUUCUCCUGUGCUUCACCAUCUCUGCACAUCUUCUCCAGCUGACUGAUUUCAAAGUUUUUCCAGAAAAAGGCACCGCUGGGGUGUUCCUGCUCUCAUCCAUCCCCAAAGCGUACGCCCUCAAUGCAUCUGCAGCCCGGGACAUGUGUCAGCUCAUGGGGAUGACCUUGGCCAAUCAAGCCCACGUGCAAGACGCCAACGCUCAUGGAUUGGAGACCUGCAGGUACGGAUGGAUAGAGGAGCGGAUUGCUGUUAUCCCCAGGAUUACAUCUUCCAUCAUUUGUGGUCGCGGUGGCAUUGGGGUCUUAAUUUGGCGAGCAGAGGCCAACAGGAGUUUCGAUGCAUUCUGCUUCAACGGAACAGAUCUGAAGGUGCAUCUGGCAUCCCCAACAGCAGACAUCUCACAAAGGAGAGGGUCCUCAUCUACCCCCUUGUCCUUUCACCCAUCUCCUCCACGCAUCCCCCAUUCCACAAGUCUCACCCCUAAUGCCUCCACUCCGCUCUUCAUUCCCUCUGCCUACUUGUCUACUUCUAUACCAGGAUGCACAGACAUGGCACAGAUGCCCACGAUGAGCAGCGACAAGCCGUCAGAUGUUUUCUUGGCUGUAGUCAUCCUCAUCAUUACUGCUGCACUGCUGAUGCUAGUUUCUGGACUGUUCUACUGCAGAAGAAAGAGAAGCUGGUCACAGUUCUGCAAAAGGGAUCUGCAGAGAGAGAACAAGGACACAGAGGAACUGAAGCCGUCCGGAAAACAGGAUGCAGGGGGUGACCAAGUGGAGUUUGAGGUGGAUGGGAAUUCAAAUGACAUCAGUCUGUCUGUGGUCCCUGACAUGGAGCCCUGUCACCCUGACGGCAGCACAAUCUACAACGGGAAAUUUCAGGAGCAAAGGAAGUGAACCGUUCUCUCCGAUCUGAUUUUUGCAUCUCGCAAACAUUUUCUGGGUGUGCUUCGUUGUUCCUGAACUCUGAUAAACGAGUGCACAAUCAGUGCAAAAGUGUUGAUUACAUUGUUUUUUCCUGAAGGACUGAAGGAUUGUGAUCGAGGACUUUACUAUUUUAAGUCCAUAGACUGGCCUUGUUGUUGGAACAGGUACUUAACCUGAAUUGUUCCAGUAAAUUAUACAUGUAUCAAAGGGCAAAUUUGCAAGCAUAGUCUGAGCAUCAAAGAAGGAGAAUUAACACCAGCUUGGAGUCACUGUACAGGGCUGUUACUGCAGCUAGAGUGGUAGAAAGACACAGCCUUGAGUGGAAUGCAUGCCUGCUUCACAUCACGCCAGAAAAUGGCAUUUGAAAACUGUUUGGGGUCUACCGGCCAGCCACAGGAAAACAGAAUUCUGAGGUGCAUAGCUACUACGGAGGACAUAAAAUCACACUCAGAAUGUGAGCCUGCACUCUGUUCCGAGCAGAUUAUAAAGUUCUGGCUUGUACUCAUUUCCGCAGCCUGUUUAUAAAAAGUUCUGCUUAGAUCAUUUAUAUGAUUUAAAGUUUCCCAUGUAAUGUGCCGCUUAGAGACGUGAACAGGCUGAGCCUCCUGAGUAGAUUUUGAUUAUUUGAUCUGUGGCAAAUUUUGCGGACCUCUCAGUAUAUUUCAGACCUAUAUUUCUGGGCCCCUGAGAAGUGUGAGGCCCCUGAUUCUGUAAAGGUAUCCGUGCCCCUCGGAUACCCCUGCAUGCAGCUGCCAUCCGUGGCAGCCAGGUCAGACAGCUGAACACCCGACGUGAGACGAUUUCUGAAGGAAUAAAAGCCAUGACUCGUCUUCUCUGUGGUCAUGUUACUUAAGCUGUGCCCCUGAAUUUGCAUGGAAACUUAAUGAUGGCCAUCAUGACACCACACUGGAGAGAUCUGGGGCUGGGGUAUGCUGUCAAAACACUGUAAUCAUUUACAUCUACUAGGCUUCUGGGAGAGCAAUGAGUUACUUUACUCAGUUUUCAAUAAAUGUAUUGAACAAUA